UUUGACGACCUGACGAUCAAGUUCAUUCUUUUCAAGGUUGCGAAAAAUCAAAAUGUUCGCACGUGGGGGUGUUUGUAAACUUAUAGGAACAUUAAAUCAGAUCAGUGCUUCAAGUGUUGUAAUCAGAAGUCCCAGAAAUGCUGCUAAAUAUAUAUUAAGGCACUGUUCAGUUUCAACCAAAUUAGCAGAUGUUGAUGAGGACAAUGAUAGUUCACUGAAUAGACUGAAUGAAACAAAAAACACUUCAGAUAGUGGUAUAGCUGGUAAAUUAAAACAACUUAAAAUUGAAAAAAUUAGUUCAGAUUCAACAGAUGAGAAUUAUUUUUCAAGGAAUAAAAGUGACAUAACUAGUAGUAAUGAUUUUGAUGAUAAAUUCAAUAAAGACGAUGAUAUUCUAGGUGAUUCAAAUAACAAUUUUCAACAAAGAAGAACAUUCAAUAGACGACCUCAGUUUAAUAGAAAUUCAAAUAGGUCUGACAAUAUUGAGGGAGAUUGGGAAGAUGAUGAUAGUUUUAAAAGUAGUAGAUCUUUCAAUAGAGGAUCUCAGUUCAAUAAAUCAAGAGGAGGUGACUUUCAAAGGAAUUUUAAUAGCAACUUUCAAAAUAGAUAUGAAGACCGAGGUUUCCAAAAGGGAAGAUUUGGUAAUGAUUUCGGAAGAGACAAUUUUGCAUUUAAAAGAAGAGAACAAAGAAAACCAGCAGAAUACAAAGAAUUUCAAAAAGAUUUCUACAAAGAAAGUGAAAGUGUUCAGAAUAGAUCUAAUGAAGAAGUUAAAGAAUUUUAUAAAAAGCAUCAGAUAACAUUAUCUAAUACCGAUUUGAAUCCAUUGGAAACAUUUGAAGAAGCAGGAUUUCCAGACAUCAUCAACAGAAAAUUGCAAGAAGAAUCUUUUACAUCUCCAACUGCAAUCCAGGCUGUAACCUGGCCCUUAGCAUUGUCUGGGAAAGAUGUUAUAGGUAUAGCACAAACUGGAUCAGGGAAAACAUUAGGUUUUAUGUUGCCAUCAUUUGUUCAUAUACAGCACCAAGAAAAAUUACAGCGAGGAGAUGGACCAAUUUGUUUAGUGUUAGUACCCACAAGAGAGUUAUGUCAACAAGUACAGGAAGUAGCUGAUAGGUUUGGAUAUCCAAUGAGAAUGAGGAGUGCAGCCAUCUAUGGUGGUGCUAAUCGAUAUCCACAGAUACAGAAACUGUCAAGAGGUGCUGAAGUGUGCAUUGCUACCCCUGGUAGAUUGAAUGAUUUUCUUAGUUCUGGUGAAACAAAUCUAGAUAGAUGUACCUGUCUUGUAUUAGAUGAGGCAGACAGAAUGUUAGAUAUGGGAUUUGAACCACAGAUUAGACAAAUUAUAGAACAAAUUAGGCCUGACAGACAAACACUUAUGUGGAGUGCUACCUGGCCUGAAGAAGUACAAGAGUUAGCCAAUGAUUACCUGACAGAUCAUGUCAAGAUCAAUGUUGGAUCAGUGGAUUUAAUUGCAAACAAGAGCAUCAAACAAGAAGUUGUUAUAUGUAAUUCACAUGAAAAACCCCAAGAAUUGGGAAAAAUAUUACAACAAAUUAUACAUUCCCCAAAUGAUGAAAAGGUGUUGAUAUUUGCACAGACUAAAGUUAUGUGUGAGAGAAUAAGCCAAGAAAUCAGAAGAAAUGGCAUUAAUAAUGUAUGUAUCCAUGGUGACAAAAGUCAGAGACAAAGGGACCAUAGCUUGGAAGUAUUUCGUAAUGGAAGAGUAAAAAUCAUGGUUGCCACAGAUGUUUGUGCAAGAGGAUUAGAUGUAAGUGACAUUACAUAUGUUGUGAAUUAUGACUUCCCACCAAAGGGAGUAGAGGAUUAUAUCCAUAGAAUAGGUAGAACUGGCAGAGCAGGAAAUUCAGGAACAGCAAUCACAUUGUUUUCAGAAGAUGACAGAAGUUCUGCUAGAGAUUUGGUGAAGAUCAUGAAACAGGCAGAUCAAGAGGUCCCAGAAGAAUUGAUGCAAAUGACAAGAUAUUCUUCUGGCAACCAAAGAAAAAAUAGUCGAUACCAACCAAGUUACAGAAGAGAUUCCAGAGAUUACCAAGACCGACGAUCUUUCCGACCCAGAAUGAAUAGAGGAGAUGGUGGAUAUGGUUCAGGCUUUACUCGCAUGGACGAUUGAUACUGUUAGAGCAAUCAAGAAUAAAGUUGGACAUAAAUAAGUCUUUUCAAAAAAGACUGAAAAUUGUGAUCAUGUACAAUAUGUAUAUAUCAAAUGAAAUUUUUAAGAUCUUCAGAUAAAUUGACAUUUUACAAAUUUUAUAACUGAAGACAAUUAGUUAUAGUUUCGUUUUAAAAUUUGUGAUAAAUCAUUUGCACUUUUUUUUUUACUGCAAAUGCAUUACCACAAGUAUUACUUUGGAUAUAAAAUAUAAUAUCCAAAUCUUUUUUAAAAUUCAAAAUUAUAGUUAAAAAUUCAUUGUUGCAUGAAGAAUGAAUACAAAUGUACGCAUGUGAUGUUUGUUAGUUAUUUAUUUGAAAUAAAACAAGUAAAACACA